CUGCUGUCGGAUGAGGGGUUUCCGCGCCGACGGGCGCCGGCCCGGGGAGAUCCGGAAGGUGCGGGCCCGGCUCGGGCUCGCGCAGGCCGACGGCUCCGCCUACAUCGAGCAGGGCAACACCAAGGCCCUGGCCGUGGUCUACGGCCCGCACGAGGUCAGCGGGUGCGCGGCCCCCCGCGGGAAGGCGCUGCCCGAGCGCGCGGUGCUCAACUGCCGGUUCAGCCUGGCCGCUUUCAGCUCGGCCGAGCGGCGGCGGCCGCACGGGGACCGGCGCAGCGCGGAGCUGGCGCUGCAGCUGCAGCAGAGCCUCGAGGCCGCCGUCCUCACGCAGCUCUUCCCGCGCUCCCAGAUCGACGUCUACGUGCAGGUGCUGCAGGCAGACGGAGGGCACUGCUGUGCCGGCACCACGGCGGCAGCGCUGGCGGUGCUGGACGCGGGGAUCCCGCUGCGGGACAUGGUGUGCGCCAGCUCGGCCGCGCUGGCCGAGGACACGGCGCUGGCAGACCCCAGCGGGGCCGAGGAGGCGGCGGCGGGGCCAGGGCUGUCGCUGGCGCUGCUGCCGGCCUCGGGGCUCCUGGCGCUGCUGCAGCUCAGCGCCCGCCUGCCCCGCGAGCGCCUGGAGCCGGUGCUGGAUGCGGCCACCGCCGGCUGCCGUGCGCUGCACCACGCGCUGGACCGGGAGCUGCGGCAGCGCCUGCGCGAGAGCCACGGCACCGCCUGACGCGGGCACGGGGACGUGUGCCACGUGCUG